UCUUGUGGAACCUCUGGAGCUCUUACUGAAAGCGUUGUGGUCUCCGCCAUGCGCUGUUUACGGCGAAUGGCGGCAUGGCCCUUAGUGGGAGCUCGAGUGUCCCCACUCAUGCCAUUUGCUCGCAGCCUUACGACGAGCAGCGGAGGCGAUGGCGACAGCGACUCGUUCGCUGCUACAGACACCGAUAGUAGCCAUGCGAAUGCAUGGAAGGAGUUAGAGGCUAUGCUCGUGUGCCCUCUUUCGAAAGAACCGCUGAGGUUCGACAGUACAACAUCUGAAUACAUCAAUGACUCGAUUGGUGUAGCCUAUCCUGUUGUAAAUGGAAUUCCCUUCCUGUCUCCACACCAUGGAAGAAUCCUCUCAUCCUCGUCUAAGUUACCUACCUGUGAAUGACAAGCAAUGACCUAGCCCAUUCUGGCGUUUUGACAAGCAUUGGAGUAGCAUAUACAGGAUCUAGUGUAAGUCUUAUCCUGCCGAUGUUCUGUACAGCAACGAGAAAGGGCCAGCAACAAACGACUAACCUAAGCUAGCAAAAGCGGUGCAUGCAUGUGCAAUAAUGUGUUCCUAGAGGACUUCGUGAUGAAAGAUAAGUUGCUUAGAUGGUGUAUGAUAUUAUCGGUAG